GGUUAAGGUGGCGUUGGCGGUGGUGUUUUUUUCUACCCGGAAACUACGACUGCCGGACCCGGACCCCAACCCGUGUCGCGGCGGCGCGAGCCCGACUGGCUUCUGGUCUUCGCGUCGGCCCCGCGGAGCCGGACGCUGCCCCCGGCGCGGCGGGGAGGAUGGUACCGAGCGGCCCCGGGCCCGCCGCGCGCCGCUGCGAGUGGAGCUGAUCAGAAUAAUGUUCAACAUCAACCCCCUGGAGAACCUGAAGGUGUACAUCAGCAGCCGGCCCCCCUUGGUGGUCUUUAUGAUCAGUGUAAGCGCCAUGGCAAUAGCUUUCCUGACCUUGGGCUAUUUCUUCAAAAUCAAGGAGAUCAAGUCACCAGAAAUGGCAGAGGAUUGGAAUACCUUUCUGCUGCGGUUUAAUGAUUUGGACUUGUGCGUAUCAGAGAAUGAAACACUAAAGCAUCUCACAAACGACACCACAGCUCUGGAAAGCACAGUGACCAGCGGCCAGGCCAGGAUGUCCACCCAGUCCCCACAGUCCCUGGAGGAUUCAGGCCCAGUGAACAUCUCAGUUGCAAUCACACUAACCCUGGACCCACUCAAACCCUUUGGCGGGUACUCUCGCAACGUCACCCAUCUGUACUCGACCGUUCUCGGGCAUCAGAUUGGACUCUCAGGCAGAGAAGCCCACGAGGAGAUAAACAUUACCUUUACCCUGCCCACAGCCUGGAGCUCGGACGACUGUGCCCUUCACGGCCACUGUGAGCAGGUGGUGUUCACAGCCUGCAUGACCCUCACAGCCCACCCUGGCGUGUUCCCUGUCACUGUACAGCCGCCGCACUGUGCUCCUGACACCUACAGCAACGCCACGCUCUGGUACAAGAUCUUCACAACUGCCAGAGAUGCCAACACAAAAUAUGCUCAAGACUACAACCCUUUCUGGUGUUACAAGGGGGCCAUUGGAAAAGUCUAUCAUGCUUUAAACCCCAAGCUUACAGUUAUUGUUCCAGAUGAUGACCGCUCAUUAAUAAACUUGCACCUCAUGCACACCAGUUACUUCCUCUUCGUGAUGGUAAUAACGAUGUUUUGCUAUGCGGUUAUCAAAGGCAGACCCAGCAAACUGCGUCAGAGCAAUCCUGAAUUUUGUCCUGAGAAGGUGGCUUUGGCUGAUGCCUAAUCCCACGGCUGCCGUUUUCUGAGAGAGACUGAGAGAACCAUAAUCAUUGCCUGCUGAACCCAGCCUGGGCCUGGACACUCUGUGAAUACAUUAUCUUGCAAUGUUGGGUUAUUCCAGCCAAAGACAUUUCAAGUGCCUGUAACUGAUUUGUAUAUAUUUAUAAAAAAUCUGUUCAGAAAUUGGUCCAAUGAUGCACGUGCUUCGCACUGGGCACCGCCAGAACCCUUCAGCCUCACCUGCGGACUUGGCGGGAUGAUCCUGAGUAGCGCCGGAGAGGAUUCGUGACCUCGCCGUCAGAGCAGGCCAUGCUGUCUUUCCCAGGGUCCCAGAGGCGCUUCACUGCUGGUGGGGUUGAGGUUUGCUUUGGUUCUUGUUUCAGCCCGAUCUGUACAGAAUGUUCAAAACAGUCUGCACCUUUGAUAUGAUACUGCAUUUCCAAAGCCACCCCAAUCCAUUUUGUGGAUUUUAUGUGUCUGUGGCUUAAUAAUUAUAGUAACAACAAUAAUACCUUUUUCUCCAUUUUGCUUGCAAGAAAACAUACCUAAGUUUUUUUUCCUUUGAAGAAAAAAAAGUCACAUUUUAAUACUAUAAUUAAGACAGAUUUGUGCUUUUAUGUUGAGUAAAAAGUUAAAUAUUUAAAAGUCACCUACAUGGUACAGAUCUAAGUUUCAUUUUCCACGUGGACAGCGAGGAAUUCGGUCUUGUUUGAGUUGAGUUGGCACAGAAUGUUCCACUGUCUUUUUCUUCUCUGUUGUCCCUUCCCUCCAUUAUAAAAGUUAAAACAGCUUCCUCGCUCAAAAGGGCUUAAAAAUGAAGUACACACGGCUCUAGAGUGAAAACGAGCUGUUCUCUUCUGGAAUGCAGAUGACAGUAUGGAGAGAGAGGGUGAUGAGUCGGUCUAAUAGUUAUGACAGGGUUUCUUGUUUUCUUUGAAGAGGGGAUGGGUUUUCUUUCCUGGGUGUUCUUUGGUUUUUUGGCAUUUAUUUUUAUGCAAUUAACAUUCUCAGAAGGAAAUGGCAACUAGUAGUAGAUCAGUAACAUUAAGUAAACGAUGCCUGUGAAAUUUGAAGGAAAGCAAUUCUGAUUUGCCAUUUAUCGGGAAAACCAAAAGCGUUUUUCUUUCCUAUAACAUUUUGAUGAUCUAAUUCCUUUAUCCCUGUUUUCCUUCCAAACCAUCUUCAUUUUAAAACAGUUGUGCAUCUUUUCCAGCCCUUUCUUGUUACUUGUAUUCUUACCAUUUUUCUUUUCCUUAAUAGCUUUUUGCCUUAACCCAUAGUCAUUAAUGAUUUCUGUGUUCUCCCAAGCCAUGUUAUAGCAGAAGGGCAGUUAAAACCUUGGGCGCGACUGUCAGUCAGCACUUUUUUCUCUUAACUCCAGGUCUGUAUUCUGUUCUAAAUUAGAACCAGCCCUGCAGUCUGAAAUAUAUUGGCCUAGAACAUUUUAUCCCAGGCUUUUUUUUUU